UGUGGUGACUGCUUUUCGUGUGUAGCGGUCGCUCGCAUGGUUCUUCCACUGUAUCUGGGUACUUCAGGCGGAGGGUGCUUCGGUAAAUAGUGGAUACUUCUGAGGGGAGUCUUAAUACAACGCGGUUGUCUCUAUGCCCCUGCUACAGUUUAAAUCAAACCAUCUAAUUUGCACAAGCAGUCAGUCAUGGCAGAGCCCAACCGGCCGCCUCAGCGGAAAUUGUCCACUGCGGGGGACAGCCUGUACAAGGUGCUAGGACUGGAGAAAGGGGCGUCUGCCGACGACAUCAAACGAGCCUACAGGAAACUUGCUCUGAAGUACCACCCAGACAAGAACCCAGACAACCCAGAGGCAUCUGAGAAGUUCAAGGAGAUCAACAAUGCCAACUCGAUCCUUAACGACGACACCAAAAGGAAGAUCUAUGACGAGUAUGGCUCCAUGGGGCUGUACGUGUCAGAGCAGUUUGGCGAGGAAAGCGUCAAGUACUACUUCCUCAUGUCCAAGUGGUGGUUUAAGGCGCUCUUCCUCUGCUGCACACUGUCGUCCUGCUGCUGCUGCUGCUGCUGUUGCUGCUUCUGCUGCGGCAAGUGCAAGCCUCCGGAGGACGACGAGAACUACCAGUACGUGAACCCCGAGGACCUGGAGGCCCAGAUCAAGGCUGAGGAGCAGGGCGGAGGAGGUGAAACGGUAAUCAUUGUGCAGCCUAUUCCCAGUCCAGGCCCAGAAAACCCCAGCGAAACUCUACCGGAGUCAAAAUGACUCGACACAAGUGACUGUGAGGAUGACCUGCGUCAGGGGAGGGGAGUUCGUGGAGCCCCUAUUGUGAUCCAACCGCAUUCCACUGUCAACACCUCGGAGACCACCCACUUUGCAACCAGUCAGCCCAGCUAUACCAACCAGAUGUGAGACCCAUCCACCCCACCCUACGUGACCCCGUGACCCGGAACCAGUUCCUCCAACUCAACUCAGCCCCAACGCCAUGACACCCCACGCCACCAACAGACAUGUGGGGGCCCCUUUGCGGGUCCCGUGGGGUGGGGUGCCCCCUUGUCCAUGCCAGGGUGUGGACACCAGAGCCAUCUCUCCCCAAACUGAAGCACUGGCUAACGAGUGUUGCCGUGAGAGACGAGGACUCUUAAUGCUGCCGUUCUCACUUCCUCUCACCCAUUUGCAUGGACAUAUAAACACACACACACACACACACACACACACACACACACACACUGACGUGAACAUACACCCAGUGGAUGCAAUCUAACCUUUCUCCGAACCUGGUCUGACUCUCGUAAUGUUUUUAUGUUCCUCCCUCUUGUUCCAGUAAGUAGAUCUGCUGUAGUUGGCUAUGCUUGCGAGGGGAGUCUUUUUUUUAUAUUUGUGUUUUUUCUCUUCUCUCCUCUGUUCUCCUCUGCUGUCCACUGUGGGUCAGACUGUAACUGGUGGGGCCGCCCUGAUUAACUAGCAUGGAAGUGGCCAAAAAAGAGAGGGCUCGCCAAAAGUGCAUGCAGUACAUAUAGUGCAUGCUUUUAACUGUACAGAUCUGGUACAUGCUCAAACUCGCAUACAGACAUAUUCACUCCAACACACACACACACACACACACACACACACACACAUACACGUACAUGCUCAAACUCACAUACAGACAUAUUCACUCCAACACACACACACACACACACACACACACAUACACGUACAUGCUCAAACUCACAUACAGACAUAUUCACUCCAACACACACACACACACACACACACACAUACAUGCUCAAACUCACAUACGAACAUAUUCACUCACACACAUACACACACACACACACACACACACACACACACACUCACAUGUACAUGCUCAAAAUCACAUGCGAGCAUAUACGCACACACUCUCUCACACACACACUCUCUUGACACCCAUCCAUCACCCUUUGCAAAAAGUAGGAGCACCAGCAAAUAGUAAGAGAGAGAAAGAGAGAGAGAGAGAGAGAGAGAAAGGUGGAGAGAACCACUGGUCAUAAUGAUGGGUCAACACACUUCUAGUGGACGAGAGUUCCCCGCGUCAUCUGCAGAAGGUGUUCAGGUACACCAGCCUUGUAGGAGCCACGGCCAAAGUCUCCCUGUAUAUCGGACAAAGCUCUGCCUCCCAAAGACCUGUCUGACCUGUUUGCAUUUCCACAGUCUUCUUAUUACCACUACACCAUCACCACUCAUUGAGCUUCUUUUUUUAAAAUACUCUUACGACAUAUGCCCAGAUUUUACCUGGUUCCACGGUGUUGGAAUUGACAUUUUAUUUUGUUGAUUAGAUUGCAGACUGACAUCUUGCCCUUUAGCAAAUUCUGGUCAUGCGCAUUUCAGAUUAGUGUGUAGGGUUUUUUUUUUUUUGUUUUUUUUUCUUUCUCUCAUGUAGGCAGCAGCAGAUGAGGUCUAAACCGCUAGAGGGAUACCAUGCCAAAUUUCAAAGCAUUGCUGGGUUUUGUUCGUUUUUGUUUUUCGGUACAUUGUUAAGACAAGCGUAUUUAUUAUGCAAGGACUUCCUUCGUUGCUCUUAAACAUAUGCAGUUGUCGGUGAUCUUGAUGUGUUUGUGCCCAGUUCGCGCCUUUCUCGUUGUCAUUGGUUGUCAGAGGUUGUCUGUCAUGUCUGUAACUUUGUGUCAUCUGUUAAUUGUUAAUAAUGCAACUGGACUUUGGGUCCAAGUCUGAAGUAGAAAACCAUUAUUAACCCCCAGUGAUUGACUGUUGAGUAUAUAUUGAUAUCGAGUCAAGCCAAAAAUAUAUCAUUAUACUCAAAUUACCAAUGUAUCUGAAAAAGGAAAGGCAGAUUCUAAGUGAUGUCGGUACUCUACUCAAACAUGCUAAUAUUCUCAUGUCAAGGCUGUUCUGUUGGCUUUGAUGCCCCCGCCACAUCUUUGACUGCAGCGUGUGAGGUGCUGCAUACCAGAAGACGGUGUAUUCACUCUUCUGGCAUCUAUCUAAGGAGCCAUUUGUUUGAUUAGUUUUUUGUUUUUUUUUACCUCAUGGUAACAUCAUUCUUUUUAUUAUUUUCUUUAAACCUCGUCGGAACUUGAUUUGCGAGCGUCUUUGCAGCAGGGACUCGCUCAUAAUAAGCUCUCGCGUCAUCAAUCACCCUCGCCAUCUCCGCCACUCAUUGGGCUCAGUCUGAUCCCGUCGCCAUUUGUCUCGUGGGAUGUAAAUCUCAUCUCUUUUCCACGAGCAGGCCAAUACCUUAGCCCUGCCAAUCUGUCGCUACUGUAAAUGUGCGUAGCGCUUGUCACGAGGCCACCGGCAAUGCCAUUUGAAUUCCUGUGGAUACAUUUCUUUCUUUUUUUUUAACAAAAUCGUGUCCAUAUUUCAAAUACGUGGUGAUUUUCUUAAACAUUCAAAAUGACACAUUUUUUUAAUGCAUUGCUCCAUACUUAAGGCAUAUGUGUGUGUAUAUAUAUAAAUGUGUGUGUGCGUACAUGGGGUAGUGCAGAUAUGACCCCUGACAUGCAAGGUCAGGGUUAGGCUCUCUUUGAUGGCAUGCGACCAGACUGCCCUGUAAUGCCCCAAAGGCAGCCUGGCUCAAGCCACGAGGACUGAGGCAUCUGUAGUCAGCCAAGCCAGAUGAAGAGAGCAAGUACUCACUAUAGGGUCCUCACCCACUAAAAUUGCAGAUUUUUCUUUUUGUCAUUGCUUUCUUUACGUUACUGUCCAUAACAUUACAAGUCCUGAACGGACAGAAGACCUGUAAAUGUGUAUUUAUAAAAUUGAAAAAUCUUAAUGAAUAAAAAAUAUGGGGGGAUUUGUAA